CCGGAAGUUGUCCAGUGUAGCAACACGUCAUAUUCGUGCGUCGUGCGCGCUCACCGUUGAGUUCACGCAGGAUUGAACAUCUGAACCACAAACAUGGCUCGAAAUGCAGAAAAGGCCAUGACGGCGUUGGCCAGGUUUCGUCAGGCUCAGCUCGAGGAGGGAAAGGUGAAGGAGAGAAGACCCUUCCUCGCCUCCGAGUGUAAUGAGUUACCCAAAGCCGAGAAGUGGAGGAGACAGAUCAUCAGUGAGAUUUCCAAGAAGGUCGCCCAGAUUCAAAAUGCUGGUCUGGGUGAAUUUAAGAUUCGGGAUCUGAACGAUGAAAUCAACAAACUGCUCCGAGAGAAAGGACACUGGGAAGUGCGGAUCAAGGAGCUCGGAGGGCCGGACUAUCGGAGAGUGGGGCCAAAGAUGCUGGACCAUGAGGGUAAAGAGGUGCCAGGAAACAGAGGAUACAAGUAUUUCGGUGCCGCAAAAGACUUACCUGGAGUCAGAGAGCUGUUUGAAACUGAGCCUGUACCGCCACCCAGAAAAACACGAGCUGAGCUGAUGAAGGACGUUGAUGCUGAGUAUUAUGGAUAUAGAGAUGAAGACGAUGGUGUUUUAGUGCCUUUGGAACAGGAAUAUGAGAAACAAGUCAUAGCAGAUGCUGUUGAGAAAUGGAAAGCAGACAAAGAGGCUCGAUUAGCUGCUGGUGUAGGUGUGAAAGACCUGGAAGAGGAGGAGGAACACAUUUACGCUGUCAGAGAUGAAGAGUCUGAUGAUGAAGCGGGAGAGCAGAUGGAGGGAGAAGAUGGUGCGCAGUCAUUUUUCGCUCAUGUUCCUGUUCCCUCGCAGAAAGAGAUUGAGGAAGCCCUGGUCAGACGGAAGAAGAUGGAGCUGCUGCAGAAAUACGCCAGUGAGAGUUUGAUGGCGCAAAGCGAAGAGGCCAAAACGUUACUUGGAUUAUAGAGGGAUCAGCUGGGUUGAAACGGGUUCAUGAACAAUCUUCAGCGGUCACGCAUCUUAAUGUGAGCGUUGAGUCCAGAGCGGUGUCAUUAGAUGAUAACUGACACUGACCAUUAUUUGAUCACAUCUGCUUUAUAUGAAACAGAUGUGCUUGAAGAUGCUUAAGUUUUGGUUAUGGAUCUUAUAAAUGUCACAUGUGCUUGUCCGGCUUGACUUGGUCAGUAUGAUGCAUAUGAACUGCACAGUUAAUCUCAUUUAAGCUGUCCGUUUUAUUUGUCAUUCGGACCGUACUUUAGACAAUAUUGUUGUUAUUGGGUGUAAUUAUACAGUAACUGUCUCACACUGAUCAUGUCAAAUUAUGUUUUACAUGCAAGUAUAAACUGUAGGGCUUUCUUUCAAAUGACUGUUCAUUCGUCCUUCAUUUGUUCCACCUGUAAAAGCACAAAAAUCUCUGUAAAUAUUUUGUAUGCCUUCUUGGACUAGUAAACUGCUUUUUUACAAAA